AUGAACACAGGCUACGGCAUGCCAUCGCGGCGUCGUCCACGCGGACCUCUGCAUCCUCGCAAUCGUCCUCCGCCGUCCUCGUUCGAGGACUCUCUCGCGACUUCCCUAUCACAGCAUCAGCCCGAAGAAUCAUCGUCUUCCAUGAUGCCGCCGCCUUCUUCGACACCCAGUGGCAAGAAGCGCGAAUGGAACGCCACCAUCGGCCGAGGCGGACUGGGUUCGCUGCCAUGGGAGCAGGUAGGCCCCUCUUCUUCGUCGGGCGCCUCGCAGCAGAACAACGACUUUGCCAAGGCGGAAUUCAGCUUCCAAUCAGGGAUGGCAUUCCCCACCAGCACUUCCUCUACCUCGAUGGCCUCCUUCGCAUCCAUGCCCUCGUCAAGCAGUUCCAGUUCGUUCGCAAGCUUUCGCCAGCAGCACACGCCCAUGUCCGCAAGUCCAACCAGUUUUCGCACCGCCGCCGACGCCGAUCAGUCCGCAUCGUACUCUGCACGCGACACCAUCUUCUCUCGGGGGCAUCAGACAGCUCAGGCAGCGCUGCGCGAAUCAUCCCGAACAACACAUGAUCUGAACAUGGUGGUGCAAGAUGAUCAACCUCGCAAGCGCCGUCGCGGUCUGGCCGGGGCGAUUGUGGACACAGCGCUAAACGCGGCACUGUAUACAGGCGCCGCUGCGCUCACCGCUUACUCGCUCUGGACCUCAUGGGGACAAUCGGGCGAUAGCGAGAAUCAGAGCCAUCAUCCCGACGCUGGGCCCGAAGCCGACAUGGGACAGGUCAUCUCGCAAAACAAACGGCCAGCGUCCAACAGUGGCGCUAAUCUGCACAGAGUGCCACCGGGGGGCUUGGAGGAACCCCCACCGCCGUACUACGAAGACCAGUCCACGCCUUCGAAACACCCGCAGCAGCAGCAGCAGCAGCAGCAGCAGCAACAGGAACAAAAACCAUCGACGCCACAGUCCAACUCGGCACGCUUGCGCAAAGUCUUUGUUUCCUCGCAGCGCAAUCGACGGCGACCGACAUUUCAGGGUUCGAAAACGCACCGACAGAGUACGCCGCGAAAAGCUCUUCCGGACGCCUUCCGCUCUCCAGCGCUCGCCAGUGGCUCUGAUACUGCUGCGAGCUCGAGUCAGACGUUUGCGCCUGCCGAUUCGGCAGUGUCUCGCUCUGCCAGUACGAAUAACAACAGAGCGGAAGAUGAUGGCGAUGUUGACGUCGACAGGGGGAUAGGAGGGGACCAGGAGGAAGACGAGGACGACGAAAUGCUCUUGCGCUUCGAAGCAAAGAUGAACGCACUCAUCGCGGAGGGGCAGGCGGCGCUCAACUCGACGCCUGUGCUCCAGGAAGCAGAUCUUCACGAGAUCGACACACCUUCGCCGAGCUUAGGGCACCUCGGGCUGAGUGGCUCGCGCUCCAUGGGUCAGCAUCUUCCUUCUCGCGCAUCGCAGCGCUUCGACUCGUCGUUCGAUUCGCCGUUCGUAACGCAGCAAGAGACGCUGAAUGUCGCCUCGGCGUCCAGCGGUGUGGCGCGCUCCAGUUCGCAUCCGGAGCAGCUGGCGGGGCAGGGCGCGGUAUUGCCGGAACCGGUCAAGCGCACGUUUGGCACACAUACGCCUGUGGGCGGCGCGCAUGGGCUGCGACACUCGCACUCUGCGUUCGAUUUCAAGUUCGAUACCCAGCCGCAACGGGAGGCGUCGGCGUCGACGGGUAGGACCUCACCCUUUGUCUUUGGACGCACCGACGUGUCGUCCGGAGCUGCCAGCCCGUCCGUCAGAGCUGCCCGGCGAGUCACUGAUUUCGCCGGAGCACAGGGCGCCGGUGGUAGCCCGUCGAGUCGCAUCCCCAGAUCCAUUUCGAGAAAGUCAACGAUUCAGCCCCGACCGUCUCAGUUCUAG